AUGGCUGGUACUUACGACAACGAAGAGCAAAGAAUGGUCGAUAGAAUUAAAUGCAUCGCUUUUCGUGAAGCUCGCGAUGAGGGUGCAAGAUUUAUUAAUCGACAAUGGAUUGCACAGAAAAUUCAUCGAACUACUCGAUUUGUUACUGAGUGGUGGGAGAAAUUAUAUGAUGAAUGUUUUGCUGAUUAUUCGAAAUCUGGUCGUAAACUGAAGUUAUCAGAAGCGAGUAGAAAUAUCAUUUUGAACGGCAGUGGCAAACAAGGGAAAAGCUCUUAUAUUGUGGCGAAAGAAAUUGCAGAAAAGCAAAACGAAUAUGUUCUUCGAAAAACCAUCGAUAAUUAUCGUUCCAGAGAAGGACUAAAGCCUUUUCAUGUUAUUCCAAAACCGUUAAAAACAGAAACUCACAUUUCUAAUCGAUUCUGGUUCUGCGAUUGGUUAAAAGACUGGACUAAAGAAGACUUUCUACACCUUGCGCCAUCAAAUGAAUUUUAUGUCUGGAUCGUUCGCAGAUCAAAUUAUCAAAAUGAUCGAGUCUGGUCAAAAAGUAUUGAAGAUAUAGAAGACGAUGAAAGAUAUCGUGAAAUGGUUAAAAAUCGAGUGUGUAUUGAGAUUUUUGUGAUUUUUACUGCCAAAAAGUUACAUUGGGUUAUCAAAGACAAAGGUGAAUCUUGGACGGGCCAAUAUUUUCGUGAUACAAUUCUAAUGCAACAUGUGAUACCAUUUCUAAAAAAUGAAGAAAAUGUUAUCAAUCCGGGUGAAGUAAUAUUUGUCCAUGACAAAGCACCAUGCAUGCGAGCAAAUAUGACUCAACAUUUGCUUCAAGACAAUAACAUCAAAUUCUGGGGAAAUGACACUUGGCCCGGAAACUCGCCUGAUCUAAAUGUGGCUGAACAUAUUGGAACAGUAAUUAAAAAUGAAGUUGAAAAAAAAAUGCUAUCAGAAACGGAACAUGAUCGUUAUCGAGGAGAAACUUUGAAGAAACACAUUUCAGAUGUUUUGAAAAAUAUGGAAACGGAUAUUGAAUUAUUUGAAACUCUCUUAUGUUCGUAUCCGUCACGUCUUCGUGCUGUAAAGAAUGCUAACGGUCGUCAUACUGAUUAUUGA